UUCGGGAGCGUAGCGCGCUGACCGGGUGUCGCUGGCCAUGUGCUGCUGCUGCUGGGAAGUCCUGUUGCUGCUGGCAUCUGUAGGGUGGCCGGGGGCUGUGGCAGAGCAGGAAGUGCGCGUGCCCUUGGGGGGGAACCUCACCCUGCUCUGCGGAUACAACGUGACCCGACACCGGCUGCACGUGAAGACGUGGUACCGGCGGGACCCGGGGGGGCUGCUGCCGCUGGCCAGGACCGACGGCUGGGUGGCUCCGAGCCACGAGGGCCGCCUGAGCGCCAGCGACCUGCAGGACUCCGGCCAGAUGCAGGUGGUGAUGGCGGACGUCAGGGGCGCAGACACCGGGAGCUACAGCUGCGCAGUCGGCAUGCGCGUCGGCGUCCACGUCAUUCGCCUCUUGGCCAUACAGGUGUCCCGCGGUUCGCAACCGGAUCGGGACUCGGCCGGCGCAAACAAGACGGCCGACAGGUAUCCCGUGAGCCUGUUGGGUGUGCAGGUGUUGUUCGUGACUCCCGAGCGGGUCGUGAGCCCAUGGAGCACAUCUGCCGUCUGGGAGCUCCUCCGGUGGCUUCUGCUUGGCCUCAUGACUUCUGGGACUGCGCUGAUGAGCCUCGCGAUGGCCUUCAGACAAGCCAGGAGCAAGGUGAGGGACGGCUCUCCGCAGGAACAGGAUGAUGCUGCAGAAGACGUGUUUUGAGCAUCACUUCGGAGAACAUUGCCCCUCUUGGCACCAGACACACACCUCCAAACGCUCUUCAGCAUCCGAGGGUACAGCGUGAUGUGCGAUGUGUGUGUUUUGUAUGAGCUCCACCAUUAAA